AUGUCUGUGUCAAUGACCUUCGGUAAGAUGGCGGCGGUGGACGUGGAAGAGGAGAGCCUCCUGGCUUCGGUGUUUAGGAAUAGUUUUCCGGAGAGCUGGAGGGACAACCCGGACUUCGCCGCCUACCUGCUGGAGCUGAGCUCGUUCGGGGUGGAGAAGCUGCGGAGGGAGCCGGAGAGGCUGGCAGAAGAGCGGGCGCAGAUCCUGCAGCAAACCCGGGACCUGGCGUUUACUCACUACAAGACCUUCAUCCGGACAGCCGAAUGCACCGAGCUCAUCUACCGGGACUUCGGGCAGGUGGAGGACAGCGUGUCCCGACUACUAGGGAAGCUGCCUGGCUUCCAGGAGAGCUGCAGGGGCUUUGUGAAGCAGGCAGAGGAGAUCAGCUCCAGCCGGCGGAUGAACACACUGACUCUCAAUCGACACACUGAGAUACUGGAAAUUUUGGAGAUCCCGCAGCUGAUGGACACUUGUGUCCGGAAUGGUUACUAUGAGGAGGCGCUGGAACUGGCUGCCUAUGUGAAGCGACUGGAGAAGAAGUUCUCUACUAUCCCUGUCAUACAGGGCAUAGUGAAUGAGGUUCGCCAGUCUGCACAGUUGAUGCUGUCCCAGCUACUCCAGCAGCUUUGCAGUAACAUCCAGCUCCCGGCCUGCUUGCGGGUGAUUGGCUACCUGCGGAGGAUGGAUGUCUUCACUGAAGCAGAGUUGCGUAUAAAGUUUCUGCAGGCCCGGGAUGCCUGGCUUCAUUCCAUGCAAAACUCAAUUCCUCAAGACGACCCUUAUUUUCAUCUCACCAAAACAAUUGAAAGCUGCCGUGUGCAUCUCUUUGAUGUGAUCACUCAGUAUCGUGCCAUUUUUUCGGAUGAAGACCCCCUUCUUCUCCCUCCUCCUCCUGCAGGCUCCUUGCCUGUCAGUGAAGGAGCCAUUUUCCAUGGAUGGGUGUUGCAGAAAGUGAGCGAAUUCCUGCAGGUGCUAGAAAGUGACCUUCAGAGAGGUGUGGGCAGUCGUCUGGACUCUCUCUUAGGCCAGUGUAUGUACUUUGGACUUUCCUUCAGCCGAGUUGGAGCAGAUUUCCGCGGUCAGCUGGCACCCAUAUUCCAAAGAGUGGCUACAGAGAACUUUGCCCGGGCAGCAAAGGAGGCAGUGGAGAAAUUCCACGAGGAGAUGAACAUGUAUACACUGAUCUCUACCACUGCAGUCCUGAGUUCCAGCAUCCCACCGGUACCAACACCUCCUGCGCAGCCAGGAACAUUACAGCCUCCUAUGGUUCUCCUGGACUUCCCACCCUUAGCCUGCUUUCUUAAUAACAUCCUAGUGGCCUUUAAUGACCUGCGACUCUGUUGUCCAGUGGCUUUAACCCAGGAAGUGACCAACACGUUACAGGAUUCUUUGGAAAAGAUUGUUAAAUCCAUCCUGACAUUCCACCGUGCUGAGGAAGCUGCUUUCAGCCCCCAGGAACGUGAACUCUUUAUCCAGUUCUGCACUGUCUUCUUGGAGGACCUGACCCCAUAUCUGAACCGCUGUCUGCAGGUCCUCUUUCCUCCAGCACAGAGAGCCCAGAUACUUGGCCUGAAUGAAAAGGGAGAACAUACCAGCUGGAAGGCACAAGGCUGGGCUGCCCGGGUUACCCAGCAUGAGAUGGACCAUUUGGACGGAGUCCUUUAUGUUGAUAAAAUGGAUCCCCGGACCUUUGUAAAUGUUAACUGGAUGGAUGUUAAUGACUGAAGUAUUUUUUUCCCUUUGGCACUACUGUUGUGUCUGCAGUAUCAUAAUGACAAAUGUAAAGGAAUCAAUACAGUUUCUAUACAGUAAAGAAAUGGUGCACCGCGGCUGGAGUGCAGCUGUGAUUUCAUAAUAUAUUCCAUACCUGCUUUUUUUGGUCUGAUGGGGCAAUGCACAUAGGAAAUCUCCAGCAGAUAACAGAAUCGGUCAUGUAAAGGAGUUCUGAACAGAUCUUCUUCUGCUCUGUAAUGGACAAGUGUUUUUAUUCUCCGGCAUGUCGGAAUAUUUGCAGAAUUCCACCAGGAACUCUGGGUCUAUACAGUCCAAUGUACAGAACGGUCUCUGGCACCUCUCAGGUGUGCACAAAUCACAGUCAUUAGUAUAGACAUCUGCUGAACUCUCCGCUACAAUGCUGCUAUGUGGUGCUCUGACGAUAAACAAUAGCUCAACAAUAAUGCAGGUAUGAAAGGAAUCGUGCAGUUAGAUGGUGAGUGCCACGAUUCAUUUCAUAUCUGCAUUAUUGUUCAUCUGUUUGGGUUUCUGCACACUAUGGAAUUGUUCAUAGACAGCACUGCAUUCUGCUCUGUAUUCCCACAAAAGAAUCAACAUUUUUAUUCUUUCCGCAGGUGAAUUUCAGCAGCACUGAGUGACCAUACCAUUGACAGCAAUGGGACUCUGCUGCACUAAAAUUUCCAAGCGGAAUUCUGUAGUGUGCAUGGGCAUUUACUGUAAAUACACUAAUAUGGAGCAUAAAAUGCUGCUGCAGAUUUUUUAAUGCCCAGUUUAAAAAAAAAAUAUUUUUAUUAGUUAAUAUAAACUGUAAAUUGUCACCAUGUACCAGCUUUCCCUGAGAUUGUGGAUGGAGUUUCUGCAAAACAUUAAAAAAGCAAAUUGUAGCUGCCCUAUUCUUUCUAGAUGUGUUCUCACACAGAUGGUGUCUUCAUAAGUUCCUGGUUGAAAACAUUUAGAUUUUGGAUGAGGAAUCUAUUAAGAUUGCACCAGCUGCUGACGGCAGCCUCCAAAGCACCAUUUUGGAAAAAUUAUCCCAUUAAAGGAGUACUACAGUGGAAAACUUUUUUUUAUUUUAUUUUUUUUUCAAAUAAACUGGUGCAGAAAGUUAAACAGAUUUGUAAAUUACUUCUAUUAAAAAUUCUUAAUCCUUCCAGUACUACUUAGUGGCUGUAUACUACAGAAG